UUCCGGAUCGCUCUUGUGUACGACGCGCUGGGUCAAGUUGGACGUAUGAAAUAACAAAAUCAUCAUUGGUUUAUUACAAUUUUAUUAAUCUCAUUGAUUUUCACAGACAUUAGUUUGUGAUAUAAUACGUUUUAUGACAGUUUGCCCUUCCUUUUGAGAAAAACUGGUAUUUUGGUGGACGCGUUGUCUAGCAGUGUGGGGAGGCCGUCGCGCGGGGGACAAUGUCACGUCCACGAUCGAGAUCUCCAGUAUAUUCAAGAAUACCAACCCUUCAUGGUAGAAGAGCAGAUGGAUUCUUUGGUGGCCAGAUACAUUCAUCAGUAGCGUCUGAUGCAUGGAGAAACACCGAAUAUGACCACAGAGCUGAAAGUAACACACAAUGGAACAAAGAUUCAUUUCAGGGAGACCAGCACGUUGACCACUGGGCCAAAUUUAUCGAUGCGAUAGAGCAUGCUCAACAAAGAGAGGCUUUGCCUAUGUCUACACCCCACAUGCAGGGUAAUGAAGAAAGGCCACCCAGUUCUCCAAGAAGACUGCCUAGGGAGAGGUUACCUUCCCCUGAUCAUGCGCGUUUUGAUGUGGAUGAGCGUUACAGGAUGUCAGGAACACCAGGAUGGAACAGGAGUGAAGAAUCAGACAAACAUCUUGGCAGGCAUGAGCACAAUUUACAGCAGAACCAAAGAGAAUCAAGAGACAGGUCCCAUCCGGGACAUUCAGAAGCAAGAAGAAACGACAGGACAGAUUAUAAAUUUUGUGCUGAAGAACACGGCAAUCAGUUUCAUGAAAGAGGCUCCUUUUCAGAGAGGUCGUCAAAGUCCGAUUUUAGGGAGCAUCAACUGUCUUCUCAAAGUUUUACGCACUUGGGUCAGCAUAAUGACUACAGUGAAGAUCACAGGGGCUUUAGCACACGUCGCCCACCUGUCAUCGUGGAGCAUGAUCACGGAAUUUCAAAACGUCAGCCAAGAAACCAGGUCCGAGAUCCUCCAAGAACGAAUGACCGUCCAAGGAGCAGAGAUCCACCUAGGAGAAAUGAAGCCCAGAGGAACCGGGAACCUCAACGAGAUAGGAGAGAACAAGGUCAUCACGCACAUACCUUACAAGGUAGGCACAGCAAAGCACCAAACAGUAACGUCCGAGAAGACUCAAGAAGACACUUCGCAUCGUAUGUAGGAGAAAGUCAGGUGAGAGACAGAUCACGUAACAUGGAUCGUUCCAGAACGGAAUCACACUCAAGAGAUUUUGAUGGACGACGGGAAACUGAGGCGGAUGACAAAAACGAUAUUGAUUUGCGAACCGAAAGGAGUCGCAGAGAAAGAGACCGUGAUUUGGAUGCCGAGGAAUUUCGAGGGAAUAAUAGGAGAAUGAUGGAACAAGCAGAGGUUCCACAAAGAGCUCAGUAUCAAAGGAAUCCAAACACUAAGGGUGGUGAUGUGUCUAGAAUGGAUUUUGGUGAACAGGAGACCCUGAAGAUCAAGGUGGACAUGAGUCGUCACAUCGGGAAUAGCAGCUAUUUAGGAUAUUCUUCAGAUAGGCAGUUAUCACUGGACUUGGUCAAUGUGGGUCGACAGCGCCUUGACUUCCUGCCUAUGCUGGAGCAUUCUGGGUCGUAUAGGGAAUCAGCAGUGCAUUCUGGGACAUUUGCACAGGAGAUCAUCACACUUGUGCAUCAGGUCAAAGAAAAUUACUUUAAGGGUCAAGGCAUUACACUAAGUCAACGGUUUGCAAGUGAACAGUAUUAUUCUCUUCAGGAUGAGUUUAAGGACGAGGAGGAUGAAGAGAUGGAAAGUCUCAGACCAGUCAUGAAUCGUCAGUUAGGAGGGCCUUUAUCAGAAACGCAGAUCUUCUGUAAGAUAGGUGCAGAGCCUCCUCAAACACAGCAGCUUGUGACUGACCCUGGUGACCUCAGAUAUGACCUGGAGCGCAGAAGACAGCAGAGACUUGAGGGCGUGAAGAUCACCAUCUCUGGGGGCAGCUUCACUCAAAUUGCUUCUAAGAGCCAAGGAAGUGAGCGUCCUUAUGCGAAUGAAAAUCCUGACCGAUCAGAAGGAAACUUUGGCUGGUCUGAACAGCAACCUGAAAGGCAGUGGAAUGGUCCCCUUCAAAGAGCGCCAGCCCCUAACAGACUAAACUUCAAUCAGAGGGGCAAUUUCAAUCGCAACACUAGAGCACGUGGCCGUAGGACUUGAAACAGGUGAUGAAAAAGAUGUGACCUUCGAGAAUAUCUUUUAUCCAUAGGUGGUUUCAUGUUUGUCAAGAGAAAGAUCUGUGUACUUCUGAGGUGACUUGCACAUGGUUUUGAACUGAAUCACUAUGAUUUUCAUUCAUGAGCUCAUAUGCUCUGAGGAUUGAGAAGAGGAUGUAUGAGAAUGAUGUAAGAUUAAGAGUUUGUCUCUUUUUAUCCGACUGUCAUUCUGGAACCUCUUAAUAUAACACACUUCAUUGUCUGUGGCAGCAAUAUUGUUCAUUAUUAUCAUUUAUAAUAAAUCUGUUUCUUAGGCACAUUAUUUUGAUUCACAUGCACUUCAAGUUAUUACAAUGGAUCUGGCAGUUUUUGAACUAUUUCAGAAAUAAUAUCAGUGCCUUGUCUUCCCAUUCAUCCAGCUUGUCACAUUGUUGGUAAAUAUAAAGAAAUAUAGUGUUGAUUCAAAAAGAUCUGUCCUUUCUAUACUGUACAUAUUCUGUUUCAUAGCACAUUGUCAGCUGUUUUCUUUACAUUUUGCAAGUUACAUUGUCGAAAUUUGGGUAUGUGACGCAUUAAAUUCAUAAUUUGUAAUUGUAAUGCAGACUGUAAUGUCAUCUUUAAAUAAAACCUGUGUGUGGCAAAAGGG